GACCUCAACAUAAUGGGCUGGAGAGGGGAAAGGUUUUGGGUUUUCCCAGCCUUGUCCUUGGCCGACCUGUUGGAAAUUUAAAAUGAGUGGGUUGAACCAGGUCACCUCUAAUACUAGAGCUAGAGUUUUAUGCUGCUGUGAUGCUAUGGGGAUGAGUCAAAAUGGAGACCAGAAAGGAAGGAUGGAAAACACUUCAAUUGAGGAAGGGAAAGGCAGAUGAAAUUUAGUUCUCCAGGUAACUGACACUUGCCAUACCCCAAUGAAAAAUCAAAACCAAAUAUUGUUGUGAGGAAACAACACUCCCUACACUUGACUCACCUCCUUAAUACUUCCCAGGCACCAACCCUAGAUGUGUUCAGACAUGAUCCUAAGAGCUGAACCUCUACCUCCCCUCCCCUUUCCCUAUUUCUCAUUUCCCAUCACAUCUGGCCCCACCCUCCCUGACCUUUCUUCCCCCCUUACUUGCUUCUUUGGGGCAAAAGGGACUAUUUCUUGCUUCGAUGAAGGAAAUAGCAUUAAGCACCACCCCUCAGAAGAGUUCUCCCAUCCUCCUCCUGCCCCCUCCCCCUCCUCCACCCCUGCUGCCCCAACACUUCCUUCCCCACUGACUGACAAGACAGUAGCAUCCAAACCCUGGACCAGCCAGGGCUCCAACUUCUGGCAAAGAAGGUCUUCCCAAUGGCUACCAACACCACAGCCCAGCCUGCACCAAUUCCAUCCAGCCUCCUGUUCAUCCGGUCCCUGUCUAUCAUACUGCUCUCACUGGCCCUGGCGUUGGGACUCCCUGGAAAUAGCUUCGUGGUGUGGAGUAUCCUGGCCCAAAUGCGACAUCGCUCUGUCACUGCCCUUUUGGUCCUGAACCUGGCAGUGGCUGAUCUGGCUGUGCUGCUUACAGCGCCUUUCUUCCUCCACACCUUGGCCGGUGGUACCUGGUCCUUUGGUUUGGCUGGAUGCCGCCUCUGCCACUACAUCUGUGGAGUCAGCAUGUAUGCCAGCAUCCUCCUCAUCACAGCGAUGAGCCUUGAUCGCUCCCUGGCUGUAGCCCGCCCUUUCCUCUCUCAGAAAUUUCGAACCAAGUCAGCCGCCUGGCGAGUCUUGGUGGGCAUCUGGGUGGUUUCUGCCUUCUUGGCAGUGCCUGUUAUAGUGUACCGGCAGGUGCAUACAGUGGCACAAGGCAGAGUGAGAUGUGAAACGUGGUACUCUACCCUUGGCCACGCAGCCUUCCAUUUGCUAUUUGAGUCCAUCACAGGCUUCGUGCUGCCCUUUGUGGUAAUCGUGGGCAGCUACUCAGACAUUGGGCGGCGGCUGCGGGCCACAAGAUUCCGCCGGAGUCGCCGCACUGGACGCCUGGUGGUGUUGAUCAUUUUGACCUUUACUGCCUUCUGGCUGCCCUACCAUGUUGUGAACCUGGGACAGGCUGCCAGGGCCUUGAAUGGGUAUAAAAUAGGGGAGGGAUCAGCAGGGCAGAAGCUGACCUUGGCUCGAAACAUUCUUAUUGCCCUAGCCUUCCUGAGUAGCAGCCUGAACCCUAUACUGUAUGCCUGUGCUGGUGGUGGACUACUCCGCUCAGCUGGUGUUGGUUUUGUAGCCAAGCUGCUGGAGGGCACUGGCUCAGACAUUUCCAGCACCCGGAGGGGCACCCAGGUUCAAACACCUCGCAGCAACCCCAAUAAUCCUCUGGAGCUUGGCCCAGCAGAGGAAUUCACUCUCUCCACCAAUCCCACUGACUGAACUACUGAGUGAGACCUGGGUUGGGGGGUGGGGGUAGUGGGGGAGUGGGUUGGGGAUGGGCUUGUGCUGGGGUUAGCUCCUCUGUUCCUAGGGAUGACUGAAGCAAAAUGCUGUCUCAUUCCAGCUCAGUCAUUUUCCCUAGGGAACGUGGAGUCAGAGGAAGCUCUCAGUUUGGACUGACAGUCAGUUUAUAUAGGAGAUGAAUUGACAUAGGGGUGGGACAGCAGGAGAAGAGAUGGAAAAAGGUGAAUGAGAGAAGGAACCACAUCCUGAUCUGUCUCCUCAUGCAGUUUUUAAAAUUAAAAACUAAAGCCUGAAAACACAUCUGUUCAUGAGGGAUGCUCCCUGGAGUGCUGAC